GGCUCGGAAGAACACAAUGACUUGGAUCAAACAGCCCAAAUGGGAAGAAGGGUAUUUCUGCUGCAUCAAGGAAGCCGUUAAACUGCUGCUAAGCUAACUGUCUCUUUUUUAUGCGUCCAUGCACACGACUGACCUCUAUCACUGACCAGAGAUUAUUUCUGACAAUCCAGGAUAUUCCGAAAGCUUGGAGACAUAUGGCUGGAAAAUGAAACGACCCUGGAGUGUGGCCACAUCAUUAUUUUGUGUCGCGCGGUACCAGAUGGGCAGCCAGUGAACGGUGCAGGGAUGUGAAUGGACAGUUUUGUAAUGUGAAUUUUUCCCCCGUAAGACUAAAACAGACUUGAUUUCCCCCUCUUUUCUUUUGGUCUGUAGUACUUGCAUUUUCCCCCUCUGCAAUAUCAGUUAACUCAACUUUGCGGUGGGGUGGCUAAAAAUGAAGAGGAUGAAGCCAUCUCUAUAAUCUUAGGAAGUGUCGGAGGAGCCGCAGCGCCCGGGAAACUGCGGCUGCGACCCGCCGCGUCCUGCGCGGAUUUCAGGGUUGAUACAACGCAGACGGUUAUGGAGCGGACGUCAUGGAAGACGGCCCGCUGCCAGACCUCAGAGACAUCGAGCUGAAGCUGGGGCGCAAAGUACCCGAGAGCCUAGUGCGCUCGCUCCGUGGGGAGGAGCCGGUUCCCCUGGAAAGGGACAGGGACCCCUGCGGGGGGAGCGGCGGCGGCGGUGGCGGCGGCUGCAGUAGCAGCAGCAGCAGCUGCAGCUUCCCUCCCUCCUUGUCGUCCUCCUCUUCGUCCUCCCCAACCUCUGGCUCCCCGCGACGUAGCCACUCCAGCGCCCUGGAGAGGCUGGAAACCAAGCUUCACCUCCUCAGGCAAGAGAUGGUUACCCUCAGAGCCACAGACGUGAGGCUCAUGCGCCAGUUGCUCGUUAUCAACGAGAGCAUUGAGUCCAUCAAGUGGAUGAUUGAAGAGAAAGCCACCAUCACCAGCCGAGGCAGCAGUCUCAGUGGCAGCCUGUGCAGUUUAUUGGAGAGUCAGAGCACCUCCUUACGUGGCAGCUACAAUAGCCUACACGAUGGCAGUGAUGGGCUGGACGGCAUCUCCGUGGGGAGCUAUCUGGACACACUGGCAGAUGAUGUCCCGGGCCAUCAGACCCCCUCAGACUUGGACCGACUCAGUGACAGCUCCAUAAUAGAGGACUCACAGGCACUGCACAAGCGUCCCAAAUUGGAUUCUGAAUACUACUGCUUUGGCUAAUGACCCAGUUUUUUGCAUGGGACUGGUGUGCAAUUAACUUGUAUUUAUCCUUCUUCUCUGCUGCUAUAUUUUUGGUGUGAUUUUUUUUUUAUGACAACCUUUUUAAAAGAAGCUUAUUUUGAAACUGCUCAAUGGUAUUUCUGUUGCUUCUAAUAUUUCUCAUCUGGACUGAUUUAUCUUUCUUUCUUACAUCUCUGUUUUUAUUUAUUACAAUGAUUUUUCUCCCUUAUUUUACAGUGGCACAAAUAAAGUAGGGGGAAAAGACUAAGCAAUAAUAAUGUUUUUGCUUUUGUUUUCAGAGCAAGGGGUCAGGGAUUACAAGAAAAACUUUGCUAAAUUUUACAAUAAACCAAAGUCUGAUAACAA